AUGCUGAAGAGAAAAUUGAAGCCUAAACGACUUCAAUUGCCUCCUCAGGAUGUCGUCUUUGAAGGGGAGGCAGCUAUGAAUGAGUAUACUUUCUAUCGUAACUGGGUGGAAUCCUGGUUACAGCACAUCCGUUCAUACUACCUUCUUUUCAUUGAUGGAGAUCCUUCUCUUUCAAAGUUCUUUGAGAUUGAGAUAUGUGCCCACUCUUGGAAGCGUUCGACUUUCGACCAACAGGUCUUUAAGUUUGGCCUUCUAUGGGAGUGUGUGGAUAUUGCUCGCUCUAGAACAGUUUAUUGGCAAUGUGCUUUAGGCACAGGUCAUAUACAGGAAGAUAAGGUAUCGGAGGCAACAAGCCCCUUUACCGAUGACAGUUGUACCAACAGCUGUUUAUCAAGGAUGACUGGACAAUAAAGAAUGGGAACUGGGAAAGUCACUGCUAUUGGCGGAUCUUUGCCUAGAACCGAAACUGAUCUUUAGCUAGCCGACCACGUGCCAGAAGUUUAUACUGGCAUUGCAAUAGGUCAAGCAAGUCUGCUGGCAACCCUGUAGCCUAUUGGCUUCUUCCUAUAUCCCUAUUC